AUGUACCACCGCGCCUGUAUUGAUCCAUGGCUACUGAAACACCGCAGCUGUCCUCUCUGCAAACAGAACAUUCUCAUAGCCUGCGGGCUCUCUCUCACUAAAGAAGACAUUGAAUCUUGUUCAGCUACCACCAGCGAAGUGAAUUCCACCUUCUCACUCUCUUCCACCUCCAACUCAAACAUUUCUACAUCACUCUCGUCACCUGGCAUGAACGAUGGUGUUCUCUGCCUGCCUCUAUUCACCAUUCUCAACUGUCGUCGUCAUCGUAGACACAGGCGUAGACAGCAUCCUUAUCGCUACACGGAGCACCUCCGAAGACCUAGCUCUUCUCUGGAUGAGGUUUCUGCACCUUCAGCGGGCGGUGGUCGGCGCGUUCUUGGAUCUGCUUCAGAGAACUCUUCUUCUCGAUCUGUCCCCUCAGAUCUCUACUUUAAUGGGAACCUGGGCAGUGAGAAAGGAGCUAGGUUAGCUGUUGAAGAAUAUGAAGAGGAAGGUAAUUUUUUUGCUGGUAGGAGGAGACGAGGUGGGAGCAGAUUUUUGAUGUUUCGACAAGGUCGACUGCGACAUAGGUGGGGAACGAGGAAUUUGAUGCUGAAUAGUUGUUGCUGCAGCAGCAACAGGGAGACUGGACAAAUGGAAAAGAAGAGGGAAAUUAUUCCCUCUCUGCCACAGCAACAGCCGUCGUCUUCUCUCAUGUGUCCUCUACCACCGUCUGUGGCUCAUCAGUCGGCCAUGCUGUUGUACCAUCUUCCCCAAUCGCUACCGUUCAAUCAGAUGCCUUCGGUUGCUAAGGCUGCUCUGCCAUCUUAUGAACAAGCCACUGGAUUGAUGUCUCAAGCAACUUUUGUCCCCCUACCUGGACCUCUUCAACCACCACCGCCGCCACCAGUGGCCUUCUGGAACCCUCAUUUCACCCCUGAGGCUCGUCAUCAAAUGGCGGCUACUAGAUUCUUCGACUCGCAGCCACCACCCAAUCGUUCCGGUGUCACAACGAAUGUCGUCUAUGCUGUGCUUUCCAAUUCGGCUGCAAGGAUGAGUGUGACCGAGGGAACAUCACCCGCUAAUCCGGCCCCAACCAAAUGGCCCAUCAUUGUGGACGUGAAUCCACCAUUGACAGGGUCUCCUAGUGCUCUCUUGAGGACACCUGAGGGAGGACUGGCUCAUCAAUGUCUUCUCCCUGGCACUGCUCCCGUUCCCACAGCUGGUUCGCCUCCACUCGUUAUCCAAACACGUGGAGAAUCACCACCACCGGCUUACUCACUUGCCACAGGAAACAAACCUACUGUUGAACAAACCCCACUUCAUCCCAUUCGACGCGCUGCUCGUUUCCUUGCCACCCACUUCCUAUCUCCACAGCCGGUAAAACAAUUCCAGCAUCACCAGCACCACUAUACUAACCAUCAGCCGCAUCAGUCUCGACACCGCUACUGCACAUCAUUCCUCGUUGGUCUCAAGCCCUCCUCUCUCGGCCAUCAUCACCAGCACUGUGAUACUAAGAUACGUAUGAAAACUCGGACACCUCGUCGACUUCAUGAAGUAACGCCAACUUCAAUCAUCAUGACUCGAAACGGUCGCAGACACAGUCGCCAUGGUCACAGACGCGGUGAUCGAGAGUGCCAACGGGGUACUACAGUUAGUAGUGGCGGUGGUGUCUUGGCGAAAACUCUCGAUUUGACUCAUGAGGGAUUGAUCAUGACCGCCGCGCCUAUGAGAGCAGGUUCGGUGAACAUUAUAAGCACGCCAUCAACUGGAAAAGCCGUGUCACCGUCAAUAGGGCAUAAAAAUUCCCCCAAGUCAGGUGGCCAAUCACCAAAACGCUUGACCACACAUUCAAAUUCAGAGUCGUCUAAUGAAGGAGCUCAUCAUUGGGUUCCGUUGAAACAUACUAGGGUGAGGAGUGUCAGGGUCACCGUGGAACCACAGAUUCAAUAUCACAUGGAACGCGACGCGGCCAGUUGUGAAGCCCUUCACGACACCAGUCCACUCACCCUAUCCGGUUCCAAGAUCUCCCUUCCGCGAUCCAACUCUUUUCCCUUAUCUUUGAAAUACGUCAACCAUGACGGCGCAGGGAUCAAUGUGAUCAAGGUCAGUGAGGAUGAGGUCCCUCCCACAGCUCUCUGGCAUUGUCGACCCUCUGCCGGUUCAGCUCCAGCUCUCUGCCACUCACCAAACAGUAAUGCUUCUCACAACCCUAAACCCUCUACUGAUAUCCUCAACCGUUCUGAUACCAUUCUACACUCAUCUUCGUCUUCGUAA